UUCACCUGCAGAAAGAGAGACCAACCUGACAGGGAGUGUGAGGAUUAUAAGGUUCGCUUCAGCUGCCCUCUUCCUUACUGUGGUGUCAUAGUGUGCUGGACUAACUGGUAUGAUAGAGAUGACCCUUCUGUAACCAGUGACUGGGAGAGUCUGGAGAAUCUGCAAAGCAAAAACCCUGGAGAAAUUUGCAAAGAGCCUGUGUACAUUGAGACCAUUACCACCGACACUUUGACCCCGGCUGUCUACUCACGGGAAAAAUUCUUUGUCUGCAGUCCAAAGAAUGGUUAUUUUUGUGGUCAAACAGACCAAAAGCCUAGCACCUGCAGGGACUACAAAGUUCGGUUUGGAUGUCUUUGCUGAAACCGAGCCACGUCUCUACCUAAAUGAGUAAGUCAAAAGAAGGGAAACAGAAAUUACAAGAAAGAA